AACGGCAUACAGUGUGGGAAUAUUGUAGGGCGAUACUCAGUCUACAGUGCACCAUUGCAUAUUGAUGUAGAUUUUAACCGCAGUAUAGUUUUCGGAAGGUUUAGAGAUACUUUUCCAUCAAGUUUCAAGCAAGAGCGAUUGGAACUAUAAAAGACAUAUUACUGGUGUUGUGCUAUACGGAUAUAUACGGAGAGGCGAGUAAAAUUUGACAGCUUUCAGAUUUUCGUCGUUGUCGUCUUCGAUCACGCUCUCGUUCUAGACGAUGGCGAUGAUGCCCAUGGAACAGGGCGUUAUGGAGGCCGCUGACUAUUAUGGCCAUUUGGAUAGAAACGGUACACGACCAGCGAGACGCCCAACCAUAGCGGUCAAUGGUCACGUGUACGGUAGUCGGAAUCAUCCGAGCUCCUUCGUACGAUCAAUGAACGAUCCCAAUGGCCCGCAGAACCUCAAGGGCAUCUUUCAAACAAUGGACAAAGCUAGAGCCAACCAAGAAAUGCUUCGUCGUCGCAAGCAGAAGUACGAGGCGUUCGUGGUGGAGCCGAUGAUGGGCCGACACGUGAUCGAAACCCCGGGCAUCGGAGCCAAAGAGGCGAAACUACUACAGCGCCACCGGAUCGGAAGGUCGACCGGUCUUCGUGAAGUGUUCUUGGACCUGGGGAAGAAAGGGUUUAUUGAAUGGAUGUGUGACAUGGGAAUCAAUGAGGCUAAUGCUACAGAGUGUUCACAAGCUCUUCACGACUGGUGUGCCAACUACAUCAAGCUACCCCGCUAGAUCAUUUCUUAAGG